AGGUCUACCUGCUGAACGUGAAACCAGGUGAAGGGACGUCGAGAUGCAGCUGGUGGUGUUGAUGUCACUUCCUGCUGUGCUUCAGAUGCAGCUGGUGGUGUUGAUGUCACUUCCUGCUGUGCUUCAGAUGCAGCUGGUGGUGUUGUUACUUCCUGUUCUCUCUGCUGUGCUUCAGAUGCAGCUGGUGGUGUUGAUGUCACUUCCUGCUGUGUUUCAGAUGCAGCUGGUGGUGUUGUGUUACUUCCUGUUCUCUCUGCUGGGCGGAGAUGCGGCUCCGGCUGCAGACGAGGUGACUUACCUGCCCGGUCUGCAGAAACAGCCGAGCUUCAGACAGUACUCUGGAUACCUGAGCGUGGCCGACGGAAAACACCUGCACUACUGGUUCGUGGAGUCCCAGAAGAACCCGUCCUCUGACCCGGUGGUGUUGUGGUUGAACGGCGGCCCCGGCUGCAGCUCCCUGGACGGAAUGCUGACUGAACACGGACCCUUCCUGAUCCAGGAUGACGGAGUGACGCUGCAGUACAACCCGUACUCCUGGAACAAGAUUACCAACAUGUUGUACCUGGAGUCUCCAGCAGGGGUCGGCUUCUCGUACUCUGACGAUCAGAAAUACGUCACCAACGACACCGAGGUGUCAAUGAACAACUACUUGGCUCUGAAGGAGUUCUUCCGUCUGUUUCCAGAGUUUAACAAGAACGAACUUUUCCUGACCGGAGAGAGUUACGCAGGAAUCUACAUCCCGACGCUGGCAGAGAGAGUGAUGGAGGACGCCGGCCUCAACCUGCAGGGCGUGGCGGUGGGAAACGGGAUGUCGAGCUACGAGAUGAACGAUAACUCUCUGGUGUACUUCGCCUACUACCACGGCCUGCUGGGAAGUCGACUGUGGACCGAGCUGCAGAUGUUCUGCUGCAGCGACGGGAAGUGCAACUUCUACAACAACCAGAACCAGAACUGCUCCGCCUGCCUGUCUGAGGUUCAGGAUGUGGUCUACAGUUCAGGACUGAACAUGUACAACCUGUACGCUCCCUGUCCAGGUGGAGUCCACCAGAGAGUCAGUAUUGAACGAGGUGAGCUGGUGAUCAGAGAUCUGGGGAACUCGUUCAUCAACCAUCAGUGGACUCAGCUGUGGAACCAGAAGUUACGAGGUCUGGCGACUCUCCACCUGUCUGUCCGUCUGGACCCCCCCUGCACUAACUCCACCCCCUCCUCCCUCUACCUGAACAACCGAUACGUCAGAACCGCUCUGCACAUCAGCCCCAAGGCUCUGGACUGGGUCAUCUGCAGCUCCGAAGUGAAUAUGAACUACGGUCGUCUCUACCUGGACGUCAGGAAACAGUACCUGAAGCUGCUCUCUGCUCUGAAGUACCGGGUCCUGGUGUACAACGGGGACGUGGACAUGGCCUGUAACUUCAUGGGGGAUGAGUGGUUCGUGGAGUCUCUGCACCAGCAGGUGGAGGUUCAGAGGCGUCCUUGGCUCUACAAUGAUGAAGACGGUCAGCAGGUCGGAGGCUUCGUGAAAGAGUUCGACCACAUCGCCUUCCUCACUGUCAAGGGUUCUGGUCACAUGGUUCCAUCAGACAAACCGGCCGCUGCCUUCGCCAUGUUCUCCAGAUUCAUCAACAGACAACCCUACUGACCCCUGACCUCUGACCCCUGACCUCUGCGGGUCACCUUCAGGCUGCCAUAUUUUUCCUCUGAUCAGAUUUUUUAUUUUAAUUUUUUUGUCACUGCCAGCCAAUCAGCUCUGCUGUGUUGCCUGGCAACCAGAUUGUUGCUGCAGGAAAUAAAACGUCUCGCUCUACUGGUCACUGUGGCAACGCGUGGUUGUCAUGGAAACGAAUCACUGCCCUCAGUUGAUUGAAUGUCUUGAUUGUGAAGCUUCUUUUGGUGUUUUUGUUGAUUUGAAAGGGAAAACCAGAAAAUAAAGUUUGAUCUUUAA